AUGGCUUUGCAACGCAAAGUCGACCCUCUAUCAGAGGAAGCACUACAGCACUUCAAGACAUACAAGUACUCGUCUGUGGAUAAGUCGCCGCUUUCAUACUACGUAUUGCGGCACUACUGGAACGCUUGCGUUGAGUUCCUGCCGUUAUGGCUCGCUCCGAACAUGGUCACGCUUAUUGGACUCGUAUGCGUAGUCGCCAAUGUCGCGCUCCUUGCGAUCAUGGAUCCAGACCUGCAAGGACCGAAGUACUCUUGGGUCUACUACAGUUACGCUAUAGGCGUCUGGGCCUACUCCACCCUUGACAACAUUGACGGCAAGCAAGCUCGUCGUACUGGCACAUCCUCCGGUCUCGGCGAGCUAUUCGAUCAUGGUAUAGAUUCGCUAAACUGCACGCUUGCGUCUUUGCUCGAAACAUCAGCCAUGGGUCUGGGUCCGACUAAGCUUGGUACGCUCACUGCGCUGAUCCCGGCACUGGCGAUGUUCUUCUCAACCUGGGAGACGUAUCAUACCCACACGCUGUACCUGGGCUACUUCAACGGGCCAACUGAGGGACUGGCGAUCGCAGCUUUGAUUAUGGCCGUCUCAGGAUACUUCGGGCCGCAGAUCUGGCACCAACCAAUGGCCAAUCUGAUUGGCUUUCCACAACUUCUGGGAAACCUUAGCGUAGUCGAUAUUUGGGCGCCGUUAUUGCUGACGACCUUCUUCAUUGCAGCCUUGCCUCCUUGCGUGAUGAAUGUGGCUGAGGCUCGGAGAGCAAAAGGCUUACCUCUCGCUCCAGUCUUCUUGGAAUGGUGGCCCAUGGUCGUCUUCACAGGCUCGUUGGUUGCUUGGUUGGGCUCACCGUACUCUCACCUCUUACCGGACAACCAUCUGUGUCUGCUCUGCUUCACCUUGUCAUUCGUGUUUGGACGCAUGAAUACCAUGACUGUCCUAGCUCACCUAACGCGGCAACCGUAUCCGUACUGGACGUGGAUACUGUUACCUCUCAUUGGGGGUGCCGCUCUCGUCAGCCUGCCGUAUCUUGGAUUCGAAGGUAUAUCAGCAGAGUUGGAGCUAUACUAUCUAUGGGCUUACUUCGCAGUUUCGGCCGUGGCUUACUCUCGAUGGGCUUAUCGUGUGGUUACGGCUAUCUGCAAGUACUUGAACGUUCGAGCACUGACUAUCCCGGAGGAGAAGUGGAAGGCGCUCGAAGAGCAGCAGAGGAAGUCGCGCGCUCCGGACAAGGCUGCGCAGGAGCGCUCUUACAGUGGUGAGAAAGGCAAACAUGCUUGA